CAACAGUGUAAGCUUCUUACCAAAACGGUCAAGGCAGUAAUCGUCAUUGUUGUACGGCAAGUAUUAGGGCUGGGCCGUUGCCGCGGGCUUAAAGUGAAAGUCAAGCCCAGCCCAUGGCUCCCGUGCUGGUUGAGCUUGUUUCUUCCUUCUGUCGCGAGAGUAUCAAUAUGGCGCGUGGUGCAAUGUUGUCGCGGUGCUUGACUGGGCUGCUGACGCUGCAGUCGGUCUUCGCGAACCCAGUUCCUUCAGGUUACCCUACACCACCUGCGAUCAAACAUGGCGAACUGGGCGCUGUGGCUUCGGAGAGCGACGUCUGCAGCCACAUUGGUGUAGAUUUGCUGAAGCAAGGCGGCAACGCUGCUGAUGCACUGGUCGGCACCGUAGCUUGCGUGGGAGUUAUUGGCAUGUACCACUCUGGUCUUGGAGGUGGAGGCUUCAUGCUUGUGCGAGCACCCAACGGCACAUACGAAUUCAUCGACUUCCGUGAGACAGCACCAGCUGCUGCUUUCGAGGAUAUGUACAAGGACAACGAGGAUGCCAGCAUCAAUGGUGGUUUGGCUUCCGGUGUACCUGGCGAGGUUCGUGGUCUGCAGUACCUUCACGAGAGAUACGGCAAGCUCCCUUGGGCAACGGUUCUUAAGCCAGCAGUCAAGGUUGCGCGCGAAGGAUGGCGAGUCAACGAGGACCUGAUCAGCUACAUCAAGUCUGCAACUGCAAGCUUGAACGCAACGAACAACUUCCUACUCAACGAUCCGGAAUGGGCUAUCGACUUUGCUCCCAAGGGUCGCAUUGUCCAGCUGAACGAGACCAUCACAAGGAAGCGCUACGCAGACACUCUGGAGACCAUUGCCAACGAAGGUCCCGAUGCCUUUUACGAAGGUCCUCUUGCAGAGGCUACAAUCAACGCUCUUCAGGCCAAAAACGGCACCAUGACUCUCGAAGACCUCAAGAACUACACAGUCGCUAUCCGCAAGCCUUCGACCAUCACAUACCACAACUACAAGCUCACAGCCUGCAGCGCUCCCAGCGGCGGUGAAGUUGCCCUCUCCGUUCUGAAGAUUGUAGAAGGCUACUCCGGCUUCGGCGAGCCAGCUGCUAUCAACCUGACCACGCACCGCCUCGACGAAGCCAUGAAGUUCGCUUACGGUAUGCGGGCUGAGCUCGGCGACCCGCUAUACCUCGAAGGUAUCGACGAAUACCAGGAAGCGAUGAUUUCGGCCUCCACUGCAGCAGAAGUCCAAUCCAAGAUCAGUGAUACCCAGACCUUCAACGUAUCCUACUAUGACCCGAAAGGCCUGGAGUCGCUCGAAACGCCUGGCACGUCGCACAUUGUAGCUGCGGACAAGGACGGUCUUGCCAUCACGCUUACGACAACCGUCAAUCUACUUUUCGGCAGCAAGGUUGUCGUACCAGAAACUGGAGUCAUUAUGAACAACGAGAUGAAUGACUUUUCCAUUCCCAACACAACAAACGCGUUCGGUUACAUCCCUAGCCCAGCAAACUACAUCCGCCCUGGCAAACGACCCUUGUCCUCCAUCUCGCCCGUAAUCGUUGAACACCUCAACUCUACCCUUGCAAACGCUUUCUACGUUGCUAUCGGUGCAGCUGGCGGAAGUCGUAUUAUUACUUCUACGAUCCAGAACCUGAUCCAUAUCCUUGAUGGCAAUCUGACGACCGCGGAAGCGCUGGCCCAGCCGAGGAUCCACGAUCAACUUGUGCCUGCCCAAAUCAGCUUCGAACCCACAUUCAACAAUGGAACUACAGCUUUCCUCAAGCAGUUGGGUGCCAAUGUGACAUGGGCCGCAGCGGGAAGCACAGCGCAUGGACUGCGGAGAUUGAGCAAUGGCACGUUCGAGGCCGCCGGUGAACCGAGACAGAAGAACAGUGGUGGUUUCGCCGUAUAAUGGCGUCUCUGUCGGAUGAUAGAGGA